AUGGCCUUCCUGCGGGACAGCUGCCCUCCACGCAUCUGCAUCUUCCUCCCCCAGGACAGCUGCCCUCCACGCAUCUGCAUCUUCCUCCCCCAGGACAGCUGCCCUCCACGCAUCUUCCUCCCUCAGGACAGCUGCUCCCCACGCAUCUUCCUCCCUCAGGACAGCUGCUCUCCACGCAUCUUCCUCCCUCAGGACAGCUGCCCUCCACGCAUCUUCCUCCCCCAGGACAGCUGCCCUCCACGCAUCUUCCUCCCCCAGGACAGCUGCCCCCCACGCAUCUUCCUCCCCCAGGACAGCUGCUCCCCACGCAUCUUCCUCCCUCAGGACAGCUGCCCUCCACGCAUCUUCCUCCCUCAGGACAGCUGCCCUCCACGCAUCUUCCUCCCUCAGGACAGCUGCCCCCCACGCAUCUUCCUCCCUCAGGACAGCUGCCCCCCACGCAUCUUCCUCCCUCAGGACAGCUGCCCCCCACGCAUCUUCCUCCCUCAGGACAGCUGCCCUCCACGCAUCUUCCUCCCUCAGGACAGCUGCCCUCCACGCAUCUUCCUCCCUCAGGACAGCUGCUCCCCACGCAUCUUCCUCCCUCAGGACAGCUGCCCUCCACGCAUCUUCCUCCCUCAGGACAGCUGCUCUCCACGCAUCUUCCUCCCUCAGGACAGCUGCCCCCCACGCAUCUUCCUCCCUCAGGACAGCUGCCCCCCACGCAUCUUCCUCCCUCAGGACAGCUGCCCUCCACGCAUCUGCAUCUCCCUCCCUCAGGACAGCUGCCCUCCACGCAUCUGCAUCUUCCUCCCCCAGGACAGCUGCUCCCCACGCAUCUUCCUCCCUCAGGACAGCUGCCCCCCACGCAUCUUCCUCCCUCAGGACAGCUGCCCUCCACGCAUCUUCCUCCCUCAGGACAGCUGCCCUCCACGCAUCUUCCUCCCCCAGGACAGCUGCCCUCCACGCAUCUUCCUCCCUCAGGACAGCUGCCCUCCACGCAUCUUCCUCCCUCAGGACAGCUGCUCUCCACGCAUCUUCCUCCCUCAGGACAGCUGCCCCCCACGCAUCUUCCUCCCUCAGGACAGCUGCUCUCCACGCAUCUUCCUCCCUCAGGACAGCUGCUCUCCACGCAUCUUCCUCCCCCAGGACAGCUGCCCUCCACGCAUCUUCCUCCCCCAGGACAGCUGCCCUCCACGCAUCUGCAUCUUCCUCCCUCAGGACAGCUGCCCUCCACGCAUCUUCCUCCCCCAGGACAGCUGCCCUCCACGCAUCUUCCUCCCUCAGGACAGCUGCCCUCCACGCAUCUUCCUCCCCCAGGACAGCUGCCCUCCACGCAUCUUCCUCCCUCAGGACAGCUGCUCUCCAUGCAUCUGCAUCUUCCUCCCCCAGGACAGCUGCCCUCCACGCAUCUGCAUCUUCCUCCCUCAGGACAGCUGCCCUCCACGCAUCUUCCUCCCCCAGGACAGCUGCCCUCCACGCAUCUUCCUCCCUCAGGACAGCUGCCCUCCACGCAUCUUCCUCCCCCAGGACAGCUGCCCUCCACGCAUCUUCCUCCCCCAGGACAGCUGCCCUCCACGCAUCUUCCUCCCCCAGGACAGCUGCCCUCCACGCAUCUUCCUCCCCCAGGACAGCUGCCCUCCACGCAUCUUCCUCCCUCAGGACAGCUGCUCUCCACGCAUCUUCCUCCCUCAGGACAGCUGCCCCCCACGCAUCUUCCUCCCUCAGGACAGCUGCCCUCCACGCAUCUUCCUCCCUCAGGACAGCUGCCCUCCAUGCAUCUUCCUCCCUCAGGACAGCUGCCCUCCACGCAUCUGCAUCUUCCUCCCUCAGGACAGCUGCUCUCCACACAUCUUCCUCCCCCAGGACAGCUGCCCUCCACGCAUCUUCCUCCCUCAGGACAGCUGCCCUCCACGCAUCUUCCUCCCUCAGGACAGCUGCCCCCCACGCAUCUUCCUCCCUCAGGACAGCUGCCCUCCACGCAUCUUCCUCCCUCAGGACAGCUGCCCCCCACGCAUCUUCCUCCCCCAGGACAGCUGCCCCCCACGCAUCUUCCUCCCUCAGGACAGCUGCCCUCCACGCAUCUUCCUCCCUCAGGACAGCUGCCCUCCACGCAUCUUCCUCCCUCAGGACAGCUGCCCUCCACGCAUCUGCAUCUUCCUCCCUCAGGACAGCUGCUCUCCACACAUCUUCCUCCCCCAGGACAGCUGCCCUCCACGCAUCUUCCUCCCUCAGGACAGCUGCUCUCCACGCAUCUUCCUCCCUCAGGACAGCUGCCCCCCACGCAUCUUCCUCCCCCAGGACAGCUGCCCUCCACGCAUCUUCCUCCCUCAGGACAGCUGCCCUCCACGCAUCUUCCUCCCUCAGGACAGCUGCCCUCCACGCAUCUGCAUCUUCCUCCCUCAGGACAGCUGCUCCCCACGCAUCUGCAUCUUCCUCCCUCAGGACAGCUGCCCUCCACGCAUCUUCCUCUCCCGAGGACAGCUGCCCUCCACGCAUCUUCCUCCCUCAGGACAGCUGCUCUCCACGCAUCUUCCUCCCCCAGGACAGCUGCCCUCCACGCAUCUUCCUCCCUCAGGACAGCUGCCCCCCACGCAUCUUCCUCCCCCAGGACAGCUGCCCUCCACGCAUCUUCCUCCCUCAGGACAGCUGCCCUCCACGCAUCUUCCUCUCCCGAGGACAGCCUGCCCUUCACAGGCUCUCGUGACCUUUGCCUCCCUCAUUCAGGAGUGUCAGGCGAUCCUGCGUUCCCGAGAGGACCCUGCAUCCCAAGAAGACCCUGCGUCCCAAGAGGACCCUGUGUCCCGAUGA